AUGGCGUACGGACGGUCGGUAACGACCGUGAAACGGCUGUCUGCAUCUGACCUGUUGUACUCCACGUGGGGUGCGGAGCGGCGUGCCGAGGCGCGGGCUCGACCGCGCUAUCCACCUGCUUCCUCCCCCGCCUCCGGUCUUCUUGACUGCGUCUUGACACCGGGCCCAGGUAGGGGAGGAGAGAGUGCGGUAGACGUUGUGCAAGUCUGUUAUCACGAUAAACUAAUCCACGCACAAGUCACCGUCCCUGUUCCCACCUUUCUGUAGGGCAUACGGUGGACUUCAUCGACAACGACGGUCGAAUUAUCGUGUACCCUAGGUGAGCCGCUUACAAAUUGGUUUUCUGUUGACAAAUGUUAUUUAUCGCCGCCUCAUUUAAUGAGAUAACAAACGAGGUUCGCCAUCAAUGAGUACAGGUUGAAGAGGCGACGUCCUCUAAAAAAAUAAUGAUUUUGCUUUUCGUGAGAUUGGAUAGUUCGACCACUUAGUAAAUCCAUUAACGGCGCCUGAUUUUUGACACAGGAAUUAUUUUGCCAGCCCCACCUUUUAACCGCACGCACAAUUUUUUUCAGCAGAUGCGAGACAAAAAUGACCGUUUCUCCAAUUUUCGCACUUUCUAGGCGUUUUCCCAUUACUUUACGCCUCAAAGUACGAACGGAUUUGUUUUCCCUAACUCAAAAUUUCCUGCGAUACCUUGUGCACUCACUAUAUAUUUCAGGUUUUCCUCCGUUCUUGCAGGAUUCAUCCGUUCGGUUAAAAACGGUCUUAGGCUUGUUGAAGCACAGCACCACUACUGAGUUUUAUGACAAUUAUGGGUUCCUUGGAGUGCCGAGUUGCGCUCUCCAGUUUGAAGUAACCUUACUCUUUAAAUCUGGAUCAGGAUCGCGAGGAAUUCCACCUAAAUAAUGGGCCGAAAAGUGUUGUCAACGAUGUCUAUGGGCGCCACGUGCACAGACAAGCAGACGACCGAAUAGCGGAGACAAAUCAACAAUCCGAAACGUCAUCGCAAAUGACCAAAGACACUAGAACGAUCACUCCUUGUAUGUCACUCAUCACCGACCAGUGAUAACCAAACUGCAGGCGUGGAUUCAGCGGGGCUUUGAGUUUAAGUCCUGUGGAUCGUUACUGGCAUAAAAGUCAUCGGCGUUGGUGUAUUACUUGCCGCUGACGGCUGAUAGGCCAGGAAUGUUCUUAGCCUUUGAUGACAGUAUUUUUCGAUUACUGAUCGGCAUCCGCUAUGCGGUCACCUGUGUGGUUGUGGAUGUGGCGCCGAAAAGAAGUAAAGAAAUACUCAUUCACUUCUUUCUGCCAGAGCAGAUAGGUAAAAUUUAAAGUUCAUGUGGCACUGGAGCCUAACCAGUGGAAUAGUUAGGAUGACAGUUCGGUCGUUGUUGCUGACGAUGCCCAUCGUGUGCGCGGCAGCAUGGCAGGUGCAGGUACGGUGACUUGCACGCGAGUCAAUUUAUCGUGAUAGUGGACUUGCACAACAUCUACCGCACUCUCUCCUCCCCCCAUCCACCUAGGCCCGGCGUCAAGACAGAGUCAAGAAGACCGGAGCUGGGAUCGGGCGCAGUGGCUGACAAACCUAAACAGCCUGUCUACGUGCGCCACACACGUCUGGUCCGCGAGCGAUGAACCAGAUCUGCACUAAAACAAUGGAGGUGGAAUUCAAAUUCCAACUGAGUGUGAGUGCCAGAGACGUCAUGUUAAGAAGCAGCCAUAGCAGCCUGACUCGCUGUUCUGGGAGGAAGGCUGAAUUAUUCCGCCAGUUGGCAGCCUUCCAAGCCCUGACUUUGAGGUCAUCGGAAGUACCGCGAGCAGGAAAUAUCCAAACUAUGGAACCAGACUAUGAAGCCGAAAAACCCACUGCCAUGGCAAGAAACGUCUGGAGUCGUUUAUCGGAUCUGGUUCACUUGCGGACAAAGCAACUACGUCGGAGAAACCGGAAGACAGCUCCGAACGCCAAUGACCGAACACGCUGCAGCGGUGCGGAGAAAUGACGCUAGCUCUCAAGUUGCGGCUCAUUCGACGAGAUCCGGACACACAUACAAGUUCGACGAGGCCGAAAUUCUCGCUAGAGGUGACAACCGCGUGAGCCCCGAGCUGCUUGAGUCAUACUUCACUGGUCUCCCGUCUAUUAACAAGUGCAACGACCUUCCUCUAUCAUACUCGGUGCUGAGACUUCGUUUAGGCGAGGUAAUUAGCCACGCGGGGAGCGCACAGGUGAACACUUGUCCCAACAACAGGGCCGGUGCGUCAGAUGGUCGAGAAAUCAUCACACCAACGCACGUGAUGAGAUUGCAGCAAUUAACGACGCGAAUGUCGGCCAUCACACAACGUGCGACGAUCCCGUAUGAAGGGGGGAGCCGUGAAUAUUCAUAGGUAUGCGGCAGCAUGACGACUGCAUCCUAUAAAUACUGCAGCCACUUACGCAUGAACCAACCGUAUCUGCUUUGUCUCUGAUGAUGGGUUCGAGCAGGAAUCCGAAACGUCAGGCUAAUAAAGCUCUUGUUCCAGAGAUCUUUCCGCCUUCUUCAAUAUCCAGACUCGACCUCACGCAUCAGUCCGCUGUCCCAGCCUGUCGGCCAUCGGAGUUGGGGCUGGGCACUGGCAGGGCGCGGGCCGGUGCCUAG